CAUCGCUCCAGAGUCGUACAUGGGAGACUAUUCGCCAGCUUCUGACAUCUACUGCAUCGGAGUCAUCAUGUACAAGUUGCUGACGGGAAAGUUCCCGUCCAGGCCGGACAUCUUCGACGACCUGCCUGGCGAGAAUUGGGUCGGCAGCCCCGCGAUGAAGCGCAUACGGGAUCGUCUCAUGAAGGAGAAGGUCGACUUCACGCGAGCUCCGCUCGACAAGUCGCCAGAGGCUCAAGACCUGGUGAAGAAAAUGAUGGCCAUCGAUCCCAAUGCGCGCCCCACCGCCGCGGAGGCGUUGGAGCACAAGUGGUUCAAACUCGGCGGCGACACCGUGCUGGAGCCCGCCUCCACGAAGUCCGCCUCCGCGAAGCCCACCGCGGAGACCUCCCCGGCCUCCGCCAAGUCCACCGCGGCGGGCAGCGGCCGGGCCUCCCCGGAAAGCGCAGCCAGCUCGCCGCAGGGCGGCCCGCAGGAGGGCCCCGCAGAGUGCGUCCAGGAGAAGCUGGCGCUCCCCGGCACCCCGCAGGCCGAGGAGAAGCCGAAGCUGCCGGGCGAGCCGGAGUGAGGGAGCGGCCGCCGCGCACGGUUGUUGCCCGUAUCUUUUUUUACGUGCCACCUUCAUUGGUUGCGUCGGCCAGGGUCUGCCGCGAGCGCGAAGCGCUCGUGACACUCUGAGCUGCCGCCGCGCAGGUGUCUAGGUGAUGACCUGUGCUCCUGGCAGCCGCGGUCAUCUGCUCAGCAAAGCUGUCUCAUCACAUGGUCGCGUGGCCUCUGGACAUCCAGAGGUGCCCUCCCCUUUAUUCCAGAGCCUCCCUGGCAAAUCCCUGCGGACAAGACGAUAUGACAUUGAGCGCAUUGCCGUCGAGGCAGUGUUCAAGGCCUUGUUGCGCGCCUCCAGCGCUCGGCCCGUCUUUUUUAUUGAACGCGCUACUUCAAACGGCAUCUUUGAAGGAGCAGCGCUGAGAUGGAUGUACAGGUGUUGCGCCUUGGGAUCUUGUGACGACGAUCCAAGGCUUUCGCAGAGCGGAUCCAUGAAAACAGCGUUUCGCACACUUUGGAAGAGGAGCAGGAGUUCGUACCUAUGCUUUAGGGCGUGGUUGCCAGGAACGGUUCCGACCUCUUGUCGAGGCAGGCUUGCAUUUGUGGAGUUAUCCGAAGCGAUGCGAGGGUAGGUCGUGGGGCGGCUCGAUUUUUGGCAUCCGAGGGACUUAUGCGUAUCUGGCGUUUGUUCAUGAUUUGUCCUUGCCAGCGCUACUCGCAUUUCUCGCACCUUCAGCAG